ACACUUCCCAUCCGUCCGCGCGUGCCCCCGCCUUCUCGGUGAGCCUGUUUGGCGGGAAGUUGGCUUAGUCGGCCUACCUGUGGCUGAGCGGUUGUCCUCGUCCCCGCCUUGUUCUCCCCAGAGGCUUCUUAAUUCUUCCUCGGCAUAGGGCAUAGUACCCCUUCGCACGGAGGACGCCAUGGCUCCCAGGAAACGCCCAGAAACCCAGAAGACCCCUGAGGUGGUCGUGCGCCCCAGGAGCAAGAGGAACAGAAGCCCACGGGAGCUGGAGCCCGAGGCCAAGAAGCUCUGUGUGAAGGGCCCCGGUUCUAGCAGAAGAUUUGACUCAGGCUGCCUUUGGGCGGGGUUGAGUAGCCUGCGGGUCCCGCCGCUAUGCAGCAGCAUCGUCAGGGCCCUCCACCAGCAUAAGCUGGGCACAGCUGCCUGGCCAUCACUGCAGCAGGGUCUCCAGCAGUCCUUUUUGAACUCUCUGGCUUCUUACCGGAUAUUCCAAAAGGCUGCCCCUUUUGACAGGAGGGCCACAUCCCUGGCAUGGCACCCAACUCACCCCAGCACCCUGGCUGUGGGCUCCAAAGGGGGAGAUAUCUUGCUCUGGAACUUUGGCAUAAAGGACAAACCUACCUUCAUUAAAGGGAUUGGAGCUGGAGGGAGCAUCACGGGGCUGAAGUUUAACCCUCUCAAUACCAACCAGUUUUUCACCUCCUCAAUGGAGGGAACAACUAGGCUGCAAGACUUUAAAGGCAACACUCUCCGAGUUUUUGCCAGCUCAGACACCUGCAACGUCUGGUUUUGCAGCCUGGAUGUAUCUGUCAAAAGCCGACUGGUGGUCACAGGCGACAAUGUGGGGCACGUGAUCCUGCUGAACAUGGACGGCAGGGAGCUUUGGAAUCUGAGAAUGCACAAAAAGAAGGUGACCCAUGCGGCCCUGAACCCGUGCUGUGACUGGCUCCUGGCCACAGCCUCUGUAGAUCAAACGGUGAAAAUCUGGGAUCUGCGCCAGGUUAGAGGGAAAUCCAGCUUCCUCCACUCGCUGCCGCACAGGCAUCCUGUCAACGCAGCUCAUUUCAGUCCCGAUGGAGCCCAGCUCCUGACCACUGACCAGAAGAGUGAGAUCCGAGUUUACUCUGCUUGCCGGUGGGACUGCCCGCCAAGCCUGAUCCCACACCCUCACCGCCACUUCCAGCACCUGACACCCAUCAAGGCAAGCUGGCAUCCUCGGUACAACCUCAUUGUCGUGGGCCGAUACCCAGAUCCUAAUUUCAAAAGUUGUUCCCCCCAUGAAUUAAGGACGAUCGAUGUGUUUGAUGGAAGCUCAGGAAAGAUCAUGUAUCAGCUGUAUGACCCAGAAUCUUCUGGUAUCAUGUCGCUCAAUGAAUUCAAUCCCAUGGGGGACACGCUGGCCUCCGUGAUGGGUGAGUGUACAUUAGGCCAGUCAAGCCCACCCUACUCCCCAAGGUUCAGUGCGGGCUCACCCCAGCUCAGCGCUGCUCCAUCCACCCCCAGGAUAUAGUCAGUGAGGAUGACAACCAGGAGACCGCGGUCUCUGGACCUAGAGCCAUCCUUCUUGCUGAGUCUGGCCAUAGCAAUGCCUGGCUUCUGCCCAGUUGCCUGGUGUCUCCUGACUAAGUCCUAGGUUCCCCAUGCCAGCUCCAAGUUCUCAGAGGCUGGUGAUGGAAGGUACCUCUGGUCUCACUCCUCCUAGGUUAUCACAUUCUCGUUUGGAGCCCGGAGGAUGCUGGGACUCAGAAAUGAGAGAUGUUAAUGAAGCGGGGGCCAAGCAGGGGCUUGGAGCCCCACGAGAACAAGUUCUUUGAGAAGAGGCGGCUUCGUAUUAAAGGGCCGAGGUAUCCGAGUCUUCGAGUUGGAGCUGGGGCGCUGGGACCGCGACUCGGGGACUGGACACGGGCGUGGACUGAGACCAGAAACUCCAGAGUUGGCAAUCUCGCCACCCCAAGGGUCUCUGCUGUAUCUAGCCUGGAGCCGAGCUUCUCUUCUUUCUCCUCUCUGACAUGCAGUGGCAGAGGGUCAGGCAGUGGUUUUCGAUUUGUGCUCACUAUUCACAUGGCCAAUAAAACCAUACCCAACUGA